CUUUUCGUCGUCCAUCGCCAUAUUGGCUGAUCGUCCAGCAGAAAAUUCGUGGGUUCGGUGCAUUGGUUCGGUGUAAAUAGAAGGGCCAAGAUGAUGAACAUCGUCUCGAAAUCGGGCUCCCUGGCCCCCUACCUGAAGCCCAGCACCCAGGUGGUGGCCUCCGGCCUCAAGGCGGCCGCACCCGCCGUCGCCGUGGCACAGAAGGCGCCCACGGUCCCGACACCCAUUACCCCGAUGACCGGCUACUCUUUGGCCAAAAGUCUGCCCAAGGGAGCAACCAACACGACAACCGUCCUGAGCAGCAACAUUCAGGUUCGGUUCGCUCACACGGACAUCCAGGUGCCAGACUUCAGUGCCUACAGGCGCAAAGACACCUUGAGCCCUUCCUCGAAAAAUGCCGAUAGCGCCGAAAACCGAAAAGCGUUCUCUUACUUUGUCGUCGCAGGCACCUCAAUGGCCGCUGCGUACAGUGCCAAGGCUGUUGUCUCCCAGUUCAUUUCCAGCAUGAGCGCAUCUGCCGAUGUCUUGGCCCUGGCCAAGAUCGAGAUAAAACUGUCCGAUAUUCCUGAGGGCAAGAGUGUCACAUUCAAGUGGAGAGGCAAACCUCUUUUCAUCCGCCACAGGACUUCUGAGGAAAUCAGCAGAGAGCAAGCUGUGCCCAUCAGCAGUCUGCGUGACCCUCAGCAUGACAGCGAAAGAGCAGCACAGCCCGAGUGGCUCAUUGUUCUCGGAGUCUGCACACACUUGGGUUGUGUGCCCAUUGCUAAUGCUGGCGACUUUGGUGGCUACUACUGUCCAUGCCACGGCUCCCAUUACGAUGCCUCCGGCCGCAUCCGCAAAGGUCCUGCUCCUCUCAACCUAGAAGUUCCCCCCUACGAGUUCCAGGACGGAGGAAUCCUGGUGGUUGGCUAAGAUACCUGCAACCAAAUCCCAACCUCAAGUAAUAAGUUAUUGUUCACAUGCCCAAUAGCCGGCACUGAUUCUGAAUUCCUUCAAGUAUUUAGGAGUGACCGUAGAGGCAAAAUUGAAGAACACGCAAAAAAAAAUAAUGUUGUUAAGUUGUACAAAAUAAAAAAUGAUUAAAA